CCUCUCUAUAUCCUCUAAUAUAUAGGGUACUUCUUGUGGGUUAUACUCCUUAUAUUUAUACAAAAGGAGAGUUUUUGAAAACAAAUAAGCAUCGGGAAAGAAGGGUGAAAAUGAAGAUGGGUGACAACGCUGCCGCAAGGAACCAGCUUCCGCACCACCAAGUUUUCGACGUUUCCGGCGACAGCCACCCACAAACCGGCUCCAAGUGCUUCGACGACGAUGGCCGUCUCAAGCGAACUGGGACGGUUUAUACGGCAAGUGCUCACAUAAUAACGGCUGUGAUUGGGUCUGGGGUGCUGGCAUUGGCUUGGGCGAUUGCUCAGCUGGGAUGGGUGGCUGGUCCUGCUGUCAUGUUCUUGUUCUCCUUUGUGACAUACUACACUUCCACACUCCUCUCCGCCUGCUACCGUUCCGGCGACUCUGUCACCGGCAAGAGAAACUAUACUUACAUGGAUGCUGUUCAAUCCAACCUAGGUGGAGGAAAGGUCAAAAUAUGUGGGCUUGUUCAGUACCUGAACCUUUUUGGAGUUGCUAUUGGUUACACAAUUGCAUCAGCCAUAAGCAUGAUGGCAAUCAAAAGGUCUAAUUGCUUCCACAGCAGCCACGACAAAGAUCCAUGUCACAUGAGCAGCAAUCCUUACAUGAUUGCGUUUGGCAUCAUUCAAAUAGUUUUCUCUCAAAUUCCCGACUUUGAUCAGCUGUGGUGGCUCUCCAUUGUUGCAGCUGUGAUGUCCUUCACUUAUUCAACAAUUGGUCUUGCACUUGGUAUCACUAAAGUAGCAGAAAAUGGAAAGAUCAGAGGAAGUCUGACUGGUAUAAGCAUUGGCGAUGCAUCUCUUGGCGCUGUGACUCAAACCCAAAAGAUAUGGAGGAGCUUCCAAGCACUCGGGGACAUAGCUUUUGCAUACUCUUACUCCAUGAUCCUUAUUGAAAUUCAGGACACGGUGAAAUCCCCACCAUCAGAGUCCAAGACAAUGAAGAAGGCCACUCUAAUCAGCGUUUCAGUCACAACCCUCUUCUACAUGCUUUGUGGGUGCAUGGGUUAUGCUGCUUUUGGAGACAACUCGCCUGGAAACCUCCUCACUGGUUUUGGGUUCUACAACCCUUUUUGGCUGCUUGACAUAGCAAAUGCUGCAAUUGUAAUCCACCUUGUUGGCGCAUACCAAGUUUAUUGCCAACCUCUUUUCGCCUUCAUUGAGAAAUACGCAGCAAAAAGAUUCCCGGAUAGUGAAUUUAUCACCAAGGAAAUCAUGGUCCCGGUCCCCGGUUUCCGCCCGUUCAGACUCAACCUCUUCCGGUUGGUUUGGAGGACACUUUUUGUGAUCACAACCACUGUGAUAUCAAUGCUUCUACCGUUCUUUAACGACGUGGUUGGACUUCUUGGGGCUUUGGGAUUUUGGCCUCUCACAGUUUAUUUCCCUGUGGAGAUGUAUAUAGCGCAGAAGAAGAUCCCAAAGUGGAGCACAAAAUGGCUUUGCCUUCAAAUACUUAGCGUUGCCUGCCUCAUCAUCACCAUAGCCGCCGCUGCCGGCUCAAUAGCUGGAGUUGUUCUUGAUCUCAAGACUUAUAAGCCCUUCAGCACCAGCUACUAGUUAGGUUGAACUACUUCAAUUGCUGUCACCGUUGAUGAACAUUUCUAAAACAAGGAAGAAUUGGUCGUUAGGAUUUCAGUUCUUGUUAGUGUUCAUAACAACAUCCUUAGAUGGGUGCUUUUCAUUGUCCUGCCGGUUGCUGAAUUAGUCGACUUGUGUUUAUUUUUAGUACUGUUUUCAAGAAAAACUAAGGCGGGACCUUGUAUGUAUAUGUAUUUGGAAUUAAACCACAAAGUUGUUUCCUUCCUAAA